AUGCAAUGCUCUGCUUUCUCCAAAGCAAAAACCCCUUCUCCUGCCUCCUACAUCUAGGAUACUCUUUCCAUUCGAUACUACGCUGACCUUGGGACGUAUUCCGAGAUGCAUUUCGUGAAGACUCUGCUUUACCUUGCUACCCUCCUCGGGUUUGUCAUGGCCCAGACGAUGCAGUUCCUGUCGCCAACUGCUGGUUCCACUUUGACCCCAGGCCAGAACUUCACUAUCGAACUAAAAGUGGCGGACUCUCUUACGAACUUCGACAUCGGUGCCGUCGUGAUCGGUCUACAGUCUUGCUCCUCGACGUGCGCCCCCCCUAGUGAAGUUAUGGGCACCAUCCUGUAUCAGGGUUCGUUCCCGUCUGGACAGUUGACCGCCAACUUCUCCGUGAUGGUGCCAAGUUCGUUCUCGAGCGGGACUGCGCUAAUUGGUGCGAUUAACUUGUAUAUGGUUGGGUUGGCGUUGCAGCCGUCAUUCCAAUUCUUCAACCAGACCGUGACCAUCUCUUAGGGGGGCCUAACUUGUUCCUUAGCGGAUACGGCGAGCGGAGAGAGAGGGAUUAUACUCAUGCUCACAUGGAGUUCUUUCCACGAACUUGUCUUCGCUACGAACUCAUCCUGGACAUUAGUAAUGGACGUUAGUGUUUUUAUAUAUGUUGUAAAUAAAUGUGCCAAGCGUCCGUGAGGUGAAAAAUGUUACAGAAGUUGUGGAGGUAGUAGUACCAACAGCGACUGUCUACAAACUAAAACAGAAGUCCAAGGGAAACGGCACAUACUUAUCUAUGUUAGUAUCAAGCAUCGA